AUGACCACGUCUGUUGCUUGCAAGACCCUGCACGUAUCACCUCCAAGUGGGCAGUAUGUCUCUGAUCAAGUCAGUGUCGUUGUGAGCCAGAAUGGAUGCAUCUCAGAUGAACAAGACCAGGUUGUUACCUCAGAGUUCAGUCUGAUGGAAAUGACAGAGGUAGAAUACACUCACCUACAGCACAUCAUCCAGUCUCAUUUGGAGGCUCAAGUGAUGGAACAAAAUGGAUCAGAAGAAGUCAGAUUAAAUCCAGCAGCAUACACCAUAGGCAGCCCCUCCAUCCACACACAAACUGAUGGUGUUAUCACAGUAGGCUCUCGACCCUCCAGCCCACCUGUAUGCCAGCCUGAAGAUGUCAUUCCAACAACUUCAUCUGAUGUGCAGUAUGCUGUUUCCAAACCCGUCCAGAUAGAUCCCCAGGAAAUCAAAAUGGUUUUGGUGAGCGAUCCAUCUAGCAGUCUCAUUGCAGGUGAGAGAACACCUACCAGCUGGGGAGAGGUUCCAGGCUCAGUUCUGGCCAAAGUGAGAAGUGCAAGGGAAGUGGACCGGGAUGGUGGAGUGGACAUGGGUGAGCACAGGGGGGCUUCGCAGGUGGAGGUGAGACCCAAUCCACCAGCUCGGGUUCGCUUGGAGAAAAGGUUUAACUGCAGCCCCCGUGACACCACCAGGCAGCAGCAGGAGUCACACUCAACAGCUCUGAAUGUAUUUUUGUCAAUGCUUCAUCAGUCUUCAGAAGCCCAAGGCAUAGCCAUGCAUUCUCAGUCAGAGAAAUGGAUGAAGUCAGACUGGAGGACUGCUGCUGAGUGCCCUUACCCUUACAGAGGAACUAUAUUCAAUACUGUGGGAGGCACUCGUGGGCAGGGUCUUGGACACCUUUCUCAGCUACUGGAGGGCAACAAACACUCGGAGCUGAUUAUUCCCAAGAACUUCACAUUUAACUAUAGACCAGAGAAGGAUGGUGGGACUGUGGUGAAAGCCCCUUGUAUCAUUCGGACUGGCUCUGUUGAGGAGGGAGUUGAGAUGACAGCAAACCCUGGUCCCCUUCCUAAGCGUGCUCGGACCCGUGGCCUCAGAGCCCAAACCCCCAACAUCAUUCAGGGUACAGGGAACUGGAGGGGAGGUCUGACAGGGCCCACCCCCAAAACAAGCAGGAGACAAGGGCUUGCGCUGGAAACCAGUCAACGCAGGGAGCGGCAUAACAGCAAAGAAAGAGACCGCAGAAGGAGGAUCCGUCUGUGCUGUGAUGAGCUGAAUCUCCUGGUGCCAUUCUGUACCACUGAGACUGAUAAAGCCACUACUUUACAGUGGACCACAGCUUUCCUCAAAUACAUCAGAGAGGUGUAUGGAGACUCCCUCAAACAGGACUUCCAGAGUACUUUCUGUGGUAAGACUGGCUUGCGGAUCAAACCGAGUUGUGUGGCUAAAGUCACUCGUUCUCAGUCCAGUGAGGAGUUGGGUGAACUGCAGACUGCCACCUCACAGGAGUAA